AUGUCAUUGAGCAACAACAACCAUGAAGAUGAUGUUGUACUCGACAUGAAACCUUCUUAUGUUGCAGAGACUCCACUUCCUUUUUUAACUCCCAACAAACACAAGUCAUCAUCCCCGCAGUUGUUCUCUCUCCAUUUCAUGCAAAAGCUUAUAGCGGAACUCGUGGGAACUUAUUACUUGGUAUUUGCGGGUUGUGCCUCUAUUGCCGUCAACGCUCAACACAACAAUGCAGUGACUCUUGUGGGUAUAGCAGUGGUUUGGGGUCUAGUGGUAAUGGUUCUUAUUUACUCUCUCGGCCACAUCUCUGCACAUUUCAAUCCCGCUGUCACUAUUGCCUUGGCAUCUUGUGGUAGAUUCCCUCUGAAUCAAGUCCCGGGCUAUAUAGCUGUUCAAGUCAUCGGAUCGAUCUCGGCUUCUGCGACUCUACGUCUUCUGUUUGACCUGAACAACGACGUGUGCAGCAAGAAACACGAUGUCUUCCUCGGGUCAUAUCCUUCUGGAUCUGAUCUUCAAGGAUUCGCGAUGGAGUUCUUCAUCACCGCCUUCCUCAUGUUUGUCGUCUGUGCCGUCACAACAGGGAAUAGAACAAGUGUUGAGCUAGAAGGGUUAAUCAUUGGCGCAACCAUCACGCUGAAUGUUAUCAUUGGCGCAGAGAUAUCAGGAUCAUCGAUGAAUCCAGCAAGAAGCUUAGGGCCUGCGCUAGUGUGGGGAUGUUACAAAGGGAUAUGGAUUUACUUGCUGGCUCCAACACUUGGUGCUGUCUCCGCGGCCUGGAUUUGUAAAUUGUUACCGUCUAUACAGAAAACAGAAAACAGAUCCUGA